GUCUCUGUUCAUCUUCAGAAGAUGCUGGACUCGUGUUCCUUUGGCUGUGCAACAUGUAUCGGUCUUAAAGAUCGAUGUCCUCGACCGAAGGGACUCAUCAACCUGCUCUUUACAAAAGCGUGUCUGCUUGCUCUGCUGUUCGGGACGGUCUGGGCCAUCACAGGACAGGAAUGUUUACCUGGAGGGAAUCUGUUUGGGAUCGUCAUCCUCUUCAUCUGCUCUUUUCUGGGUGGGAAGCUGGUGGGAAUGAUCCAACUGCCGACGCUGCCACCUUUUCCUCCUCUGCUUGGCAUGCUGCUGGCAGGCCUCCUGUUGCGUAAUAUUCCCUACAUUACUGAUGCCGUCUUCAUCGACACCCAUUGGUCGGCUGCUCUGAGGAACAUCGCCCUCGCUAUAAUCCUGACCAGAGCCGGGCUUGGCCUCAACCCAUCGGCACUGCAGCGUCUCAAAGCGGUGUGUAUCCGUAUCGCGGUGGGUCCCUGCAUGGUGGAGGCCUGCAUCAUCGCUGUGGUUUCUCACUUCCUGCUCAGUCUGCCAUGGGUCUGGGGCUUCAUUCUGGGCUUUGUCCUGGGGGCGGUGUCUCCAGCUGUUGUUGUUCCUUCCAUGCUGCUUCUACAGAGGGAAGGAUAUGGAGUGGAGAAGGGAAUCCCCACGCUGCUGAUGGCUGCUGGGAGUUUUGAUGAUAUCCUGGCUAUAACCGGAUUCUCCACCUGUCUGGGAAUCGCCUUUUCCAGUGGUUCUACCUGGAUGAACAUCCUGAAAGGUCUGAUGGAGGUGGUAGGUGGCAUCAUAGCUGGACUCAUCCUCGGCCUGUUCUUGUGCCUCUUCCCAAGCAAUGACCAGGAGGACCUGGUGUUGAGGAGGACCCUCAUGUUGUUGGGUCUGUCCAUAUUUUCGGUCUUCCUCAGUCAUGUCAUUGGUUUUGCUGGAGCUGGCGGUCUCUGUACUUUGGUACUUUCCUUUAUGGCUGCCCUGGGCUGGAAGACUGAAAAGGCUCCAGUGGCAGCUAUGGUUGGGCAGUCCUGGGAUGUUUUUCAGCCUCUCCUGUUUGGUCUGAUUGGAGCUGAGAUCACCAUAACAUCGCUUAGCCCCAGCACUGUGGGUCUGGGCAUAGCCUGCAUUCUCAUUGGUCUGGUGGUCCGUCUGCUCUUCACCUUCCUGGUAGUUCAAUCAGGAGGUUUCACCCUGAAGGAGAAAGUCUUCAUCGCGGUGGCCUGGCUGCCUAAAGCUACAGUCCAGGCAGCUAUCGGCUCCAAGGCACUGGACAUGGCAAGGGAAGUAGGGGAUGAGACCUUGAUCAAGUUUGGUCUGGAUGUGCUAACAUUAGCCGUGUUAGCCAUUCUGACCACGGCUCCCGUCGGUGCGCUGGGAAUUGGACUGGCUGGACCACGCCUCCUGGCCCGAUAUGUCAAAGCAGACGAGUCCGAGAGAGAAGCUCCGCCCACCAGUCCCAAUGGACCUGCAGAGGAAAAAACCCAUGUGAUCUUUGAGACCAAAGUGUGAAGUUCUGAGCGAUCCGAUGGCUGUUGCCGCUCCAGGUCUCAUUGUCAAUGUUAGACACAACAGCAGCAGAACCGGAGCAACGGAAAGGAUCUGCUUUCCUGGAGUCCCUCCUCCAAUUCUGUUUGUUUUAUAUUGAGAUUCGUUAUCUUAUCAGUAAUUGUUUCUAAUGACUGAUGACAUUUGGCUGUUUUUAUUGGCUUUCUGACUGUUUCCAGUUUGUUUCUUUUAUUUCUCCUUUCAGAAUAAAAAGCAAGAAUGUUACGCAUGACA